CAACGGUUGCAUCCAAUUCUCGCCGGGCGUUCAGUUGAUCGAAGGCAGCAGUUCUCUUCAUUUGUUUUCCCCCAAAUAUUGCAGAGCGAAAAAUGGGACGCGCGAAGAAAGAGAAGACAGAGAAGCCAGCGGAGCCCGAAAAACCGAAGGCUCCAAAGCUCAAGAAGUCGAAGAAGGUCGAGGAGGAGGAGGAGCCACAGGCCCCUGAGGAGGACAAGGAUGACAUUAUUGCUCGUCUCCAGGAGGAGGUGAAGCUCCUGAAGAUCGAGGUGAAGACUCUGCGAAAGCAUGUGAAGGCUAGUCCACAGGCUCCAGACACAACAGCUAAGAAAAAGGCCACUGAGGCACCUGGCACACCCAAAGGGAGAAGGUCCUCCACUGCUUCCAUCAAGCCCAAGGACAAGGGCUGCUCCUGCAAGGGCAACUGCUCCAACAAGAUUUGUGGAUGCGUCAAAAAGGACUUUUAUUGCCUACCAACAUGCAAGUGCUCUGAAGGAUGUCGUAAUCAGGACCCAGGCAGCGACAAUGAGGACAAGGAAAACAAGAAUGGCGAAACAGAGGGUGAAAUCGAAGUUGCCAGCUCCCCAUCAGUCUUUGAGGCCUCCCCAGAUGUGCUCAGAGCAACUGAGAACCAACGAGGAAAGCCAGCAAAGGAUUCCCUCCAAGAAUUCAACCCCAUGGAGCCUCGUCGCCAGCUGGCACGCAGUCCAGCUCCUUCAAAAGCCCCAAAAGACACCCAGAAAUCAAAGCCCUCUCACCCUGCUCUCGCCGAGAAACCCCUCCCACCCCCCAAAGACGAGCCCGAGGAAGAAGAAUUGCCACCCCCAGAAGAGAUCAACGUCGCUGAAGUUGACUGGGAGAAACACAAGGCACAGCUGGUUCAGUGCUCCAAGUGCAGCAGAAAUUUUUACGCUUAUCGACUCAAAAAACACGAGAAGUCAUGUAUUAAAGUUUGAAUGUUAUGAUUAAUCUUAUUUUCUAUAUAAUCUGAUUUUUUAUCGUCUUUGUCGAGUUUAGAAUAAGGAAUACGAUAUUACUACUACGAUAUUAUUUGUCUUCUGGAAUUAUUUGAAUUCAUGAAUGAAUUCAUGAAUUUUAUCGGUGGAACAUUCGUUUUGUUGCUUUUAUUUCAUCAGAGGACGAGAAUUCCUUGGGUCUAAGGAGUUUUCAAUCUGUUUUAAUCAAUAAAAUCAACAUUUUUUUAAAUAGAUUUGGGGUUCAUUCACUAUUCAAAUAAUUCCAGAAUAAUCAAUUCGAUUAUAUCAUUAUUCUAUUGAAGGUUAAUAUGAAAUUAUCAUGGUUGUAAGAUCAAACUGGCGUAAAUUAAAAUUUGAGAGAUAUGAUCAAUCAAUUUUUUUAUCGUCUUUCUGAAGUUAUUCAAAUAAUUCCAAAAUAAUUAUUUAAUUUAUGUCAUCAUCACAUUGAAUAUUAGUAUGAAAUUAUGGAAUGUGUGACUGUAAUAAAAGAAGGUAAAUUAAACUUUGAGAGUUAUGA